CUAGAAGUCUCUGCCAUGAGGUGACUGAAAGCGCGCUAAGGUUGUUCCCCAAACUUUCCGAAUUCAACCUCUCCCCUCCUUCUACCCAAGUUUUGACUUCACUGGACACUUCAAGCUCGUCCUCGGCCAGGAGUGAUCUCGUUAGAGCUAUUGAAACACAGAACAUACCACUGACUGUUGGUGCUAAACAAGGCACAUAGCUCCGGACGACCCUGAAUUUGCAAGCGGGCCCAAGCUCUCGCCGCUAAUUUUGGCCGCAACUCUUCAUGUCAACUCUGCAACGCGUCCUUUCCCCCCCACUGAUCGCAUCCACAGAGCCUCUCUGAAGACUACUCGGGGCAAAGCCGCCACCAUGGGGAAGAAACAGCAGUAUAUCCCACCCCUCAUCGGGUGGCUAUACGAUUUGGUCCUUUGGACGUUCUCCGUUCUCAUCGACCUCUUCUUCCGCGAGGUGCACCCGCGUGGAUCUUGGAAGAUCCCUCGUCGAGGCCCUAUUAUCAUUGUCGCUGCCCCUCAUGCGAACCAGUUCGUCGAUUCCCUCGUCCUCAUGCGCGUCAUUCGCAGCGAAGCCCACCGUCGGAUCUCAUGGCUCAUUGCGGAAAAGUCGUUCCGGCGCAAGUUCAUCGGUCUGCUGGCUAGGGGUAUUGGAACAUUGCCCGUGGCGCGCGCUAUGGACAAUUUGAAGCCGGGGACUGGCACCGUAUAUCUUCCCGACCCGAUCAAUGAACCCACCCUCCUGCGCGGCGUCGGCACCAACUUUGAAGGUGCUGGAUUUGAGGCAGAAGGCACAAUUGCACUACCCACGAUCAACGGGACGUCGCACAGUACGGCUAUUGCGGAAAUUCGAGGCCCCGAGGAGUUGAUCCUCAAGAAGCCUUUCAAGCACAGAGAUGCUCUGUUCCAGCUGACGGGCAGGAAGGAUAUUGAUGGUGAUGGCAAGUUUACCGGGGAUGCGGCGGAUAAGGACCCGGAAUUCAAGGGCACAAAGUUCAAGUUUGCGCCGCAUGUGGAUCAGACGGCAGUCUACGAGGCUGUGUUUGCGAGAUUGAAUGCUGGUGGCUGUGUGGGUAUCUUCCCCGAGGGUGGUAGUCAUGACCGCCCGUCUCUGCUUCCUCUGAAAGCUGGUGUGGCUCUGAUGGCCUUGGGAACUCUUGCGGACAACCCGGACUGUGGCUUGAAGAUUGUACCCUGUGGCAUGAACUAUUUCCAUGCUCAUAAGUUCCGAUCUCGUGCCGUUAUCGAAUUUGGUAACCCCAUUGAAGUCCCAAAAGAGCUGGUAGAGCAAUUCAAGCAGGGCGAACGACGCGAGUCUGUUGGUGCCCUGCUGGACAUUAUCUACCAAAGUCUCAUUGCUGUCACCGUGACUAGCCCUGAUUAUGAGACUCUGAUGGUUAUCCAAGCUGCUCGCCGCCUGUACAACACCAAAGGAAAGAAACUUCCCCUGCCGAUGGUCGUAGAGCUCAACCGCCGCCUUGUGAAAGGUUAUGCACACUUCAAGGAUGAUCCUCGAAUCGUGCAUCUUCGGGACUCGAUUGCAAGCUAUAAUAAGCAGCUUCGUCUCCUCGGUAUCCGGGACCACCAAGUGGGCUAUGCCAAAUUCUCGAUCCUGCAAGUGAUUGCUACACUGAUCUACCGCCUGGGCAAAUUGGCCCUCCUCACCAUCGGAACUCUACCCGGUCUGCUCCUCUUCACUCCGGUCUUUAUUGCAACCAAGUAUCUGUCCAUGAAGAAAUCAAAGGAAGCGUUGGCAGCAUCAACCGUCAAGUUGCAGGGUCGUGAUGUGAUGGCGACUUGGAAGCUGCUCAUUGCCCUUGCAUUCGCUCCGGCUGUCUACGCAUCUUACACAGCUACGUUUACCUAUUGGACGUAUCGGAACCGAAUUCAGGGCCUCGUGCCUGAAUGGGUGCCGCUUUGGUUGAUCGUGAUAAUUGGCAUGGUGGGCUUCCCAACCAUCACGUUUGCCGCUCUCCGCAUCGGCGAAGUAGGCAUGGACAUAGUCAAAUCUCUUCGACCGCUGGUACUGUCCUUGAAUCCGUCUUCUGCCAAUUCGCUGGUCAAAUUGCGCGAAACGCGCGCGACGCUUGCCCAGCAGGUCACUGAUGCAAUCAACACGAUGGGCCCCGAGCUCUUCCCCGAUUUCGACGCCGCCCGGAUCGUUACUGAUCCCUUCCGUGAGGCUAGCGAAGAAUCUGCCGCUGUGCGCGAAGCACACGAGCCGAAGCACACGCGUGAGCCCGAGACGGGCGAGAGUUGGACUUCAUCGGAGCCUCUGCCACGCAACGAGUCGUUCCACAACUUGGCCAACAUUGGCUUCUUCUCUACCCGACCUCCCAGCCGGAACCGUAGUCGCAGCAGCUCUGCUGGGCCAAGACCAGGCUCGCGACAUGGAAUGAAACCGCUGAGUCCCAUGACCGUCCAGAAAGAUACGCUGGAGGACGUUAGUUCGCGGAUCCGGGAUGCUAUGAGAGAGCGGGGUGAGCGACGUCGACGCCGAAGUGAGGAUGGGAGCUGGGACAUGGCCAGCUCGGGGACAAGGACGCCGUCUAGUGGAGACGAAUUGAGGAAGGAUAUGUGAUCUUUGAUGACCUAUUAUGAUGGCCGUGUUUCGGCAUCUUGAAACGAUUUCUUGUAACCCAUUUUUAUGCAUUUCAUAUGACCCACAAUGCGAGAUAUCCCCUGUGUUUUGUUGGAGAAUGUUUACCCAAGAAUGUUCAUACCUAGACAUGGAAUUUGCAGUCCGAGCCCUGUCUGCUAGAGAAAUAGUGUAUACUGAUCCGUAGCACGGGACAGGUUUAGGUAUACUCAACAUACGCCGAGGCAAGCGGCAGUAGCUCUGAAUGUGAAGCCGGGAACGGAUGCUCACCUCGGACCGCCCAGCUUCUGUUUCUGGGCUCAACUUGGAGCACUGUGCAGGCGG